AGUUGUUUUUUUCUGUCGCAUGAUAACCUAGCUUACAAGUCUUUUAGCAGUUGUUUUAAUGUGCGUUGAACAUACCGAAGACUGAACACACUAAAUAAACUCAGCGCUCAAGUGCUCCAGUCACUGUUGUGACUGUGAAUGUUGUGAAUGUACAACAUUAAGGCUGCAGAAGACAGCGGGAGACUGAAUUAUGUCACUGGGAGCCUGUUCUCCUGCCCCAAGGAUGAGGCUCUGGCCCACUGCAUCAGUGAGGACUGCCGCAUGGGGGCAGGCAUAGCAGUGAUGUUCAAGAAGGAGUUCAAAGGGGUAGACGAGUUAAAGGAACAGAAAAAGCUGACAGGGGGAUGUGCUGUACUAAAAAGAGACGGACGUUAUAUCUACUAUCUGAUCACAAAGAAAAAGGCCAGCCAAAAGCCAACCUAUGACAGCCUGAGACGGAGCCUGGAGGACAUGAAGUCACACUGUGCAGCCAACGGAGUAACAAGAAUAUCAAUGCCUCGUAUUGGUUGUGGCCUGGAUCGACUGCAGUGGAGCAAAGUGUCAGAGAUGCUGGAACAGGUCUUCAAACACACAGACAUCUCCAUCACAGUCUACAGCCUCCCUGAGAAAGCAGAGACCACAGUGAUGAAGGAAAACAAGCGCAGAUGAUUGAUAGAAAAGUUGGUUUAUUGUAAUUAUGUGUAUGUACUUUUCUGUAUCAUUCCCACAGUAUGUGGGCACUGUUUUCAUGUGGGGGGAAAAAAAUGUAUAGAUAACUUAAAAAUAAAUUUUCUUUUUUCCACAUCAAAAUCAA